AUUCUGAAGCACCCUUCCUCUCUCCCCGGACAAAGGACAAAAGAUGGGGUCAGGUAUUAGCGAGGAUACUCGAUCAGGCACCGAGCUACUCCUCCCAGCCGCACCCCCACCCCCACUCCCGCCGCGCCACCUUCCCAAAAACAUAACUCUACGCCUAUACCUCUCCCACCUCCUCUCAACCUGGAACUCCCGAGUCUUUGAAUUUGGUGCACUCCUGUUCAUCGCGAACUUGCACCCGGACACGCUCCUGCCGGGCUCGCUGUAUGCACUGGUGCGUGGGGUCUCGGCGGUGCUGUGCUCGCCAUGGGUGGGGCGGCACGUGGAUUCUGGGGAUCGGUUGCGGGUGGUUAGGGUUUCGAUCGUUGCGCAGAGGGUUGCGGUGGUAUUGUCUUGCGGCGGUUUGCUGGUGGUUAAGAAUGGGGUCGGAGCGGCGGGUAAGGGGGCUGGGGGUGCGCUGGUGAUGGGGGUUUUGGCGGUGUUGGCGUGUUGUGAGAAGUUGGCUUCCGUGGGGAAUUUGAUUGCCGUUGAGAGGGAUUGGGUUGUUUUAAUUGCUGGGGGUGAUGAGGGUGCGCUCCUAGUCUUGAACUCGCAAAUGCGCAGGAUCGACCUUUUCUGCAAGUUGCUUGGCCCAUUGGCGGUUUCGGCGGCCGACGGGAUAUCCACCGUCGUGGCGAUAUAUGUCGUCCUGGGAUUGAACUUGGCAUCCGUUGGCGUGGAGUGCUUUGCCAUUGCCGAUGUAUACCGCAUGGUCCCAGCCCUUCAAGAACCCAAGACACACCCCACCUCCGCCUCCGCCCCCCUAGAAGAUCAGGAACGAAUCGAGACACUACCACAACCACAUUCAUACCUCCGCAGCAUAUACACUCCCAUAUCAAAAUACCUCCACCACUCUGCCGCCCUCCCAUCCCUUGCUUUGUCAAUCGUGUACUUCACAGUCCUGAACUUCGGUGCGCAGAUGAUAACCUACCUACUCGCAUCCGGCUACACCCCACUCCACAUCAGCAGUGUCCGCGGUAUUUCCGUCCUCUUCGAGAUCUCCGCGACCUGGCUCGCGCCGCUGGUAAUGUCACGUGUAGGCCCCAUCCGCGGCUGCCUCUGGUCCGUGAACUGGCAGCUCCUCUGUGUCGCCGGCGGCGUUAGCACAGUCUGGUUCUCGGAGGAUCCAAAGAUGGCGGCUGGUGGGUUGAUUCUCGGAGUCAUAUUUAGCAGGAUUGGACUCUGGGGGUUUGAUCUUUUUGUGCAGAUAAUUAUCCAAGAUGAAGUGGAGCCAGGAUAUCGAGGAUCCUUCUCUGCCACAGAAGCCUCUGUGCAAAAUACUUUCGAGCUGGGAUCGUAUGCUAUGACGGCGAUAUUUGCGAGGCCCGCAGAGUUCAGGUAUCUGGCUGUUGUGAGUGCUGUUGCAGUAUUACUCGCCGCGGGAUUGUUUGCUGGCUUCGUGAGGAAGAGGAGGGGCCAUCUUGUGCAUACUCCUGCGUGCUUCGGUAUGAUGGAAGUUAAGCGUAGGGCGGAGGGGUAUCAAAGGUUGGCGAGUUGA